AUGUAUUUCAGCCUCUUCUUGGUUGCAUUUGUCGGCAAUGCCGCUGCACAUGGUGUUGUAUCAAGCUUCAAAAUCGACGGUGUUGAACACCAAGGUUACUUGAUGAAUUACUACUAUGAUGCUAAGAAUGGCAAAUCUCUCCCUCCUUUAGCUGCAUGGUCUGCAGAGAACCUCGACAACGGCUUCGUUUCCCCAGCCAAUUAUACGCAUCCGGACAUUAUUUGCCAGAAGAACGGAAAGCCGGCCAAUCUGACUGUUCAGGUUGCUGCUGGGGGAACUGUCGACUUUCAAUGGACUAAAUGGGCCCAUUUCGGCCCGAUGAUGACAUAUGUCGCUCCCUGCGGAGGCGAUUGCGCUGCUGUUGACAAAACCACCCUCAAGUGGGUAAAGAUUGACGAAGCAGGUAUCGAUUUUGAUACUCAAGAGUGGGCGGCUCGAAAGAUGGUCAACAACAACCGAACAUGGACGACAAAGAUACCCUCGACACUGGCUGCGGGCAACUAUGUCUUCCGUCAUGAAACCAUCGCUGUUCACGGGUCGAACAGGAUUGGCGGCGCACAGAACUAUCCUCAAUGUUUCAAUAUUGAGAUCACUGGGUCUGGAACUGCUAAGCCUGAGGGCGUCUUGGGCACCAAGCUGUACACUCCUACUGAUCCGGGCAUCUACUUUAACCCUUACACAACUCUGAAGAACUAUACUAUUCCCGGUCCGCCUCUGUUUAAGAACGACAAUGGAAGUCUUGGCAACGGCGCUAUCACAUUAUCAAGUGCUGAGGGCCAGACCACUGCUACGAGCAUUGCCACUACAUUGGUAACCUCUGGACUGCCCAAGCAAACCACAGUGGACACUCUCAUCAACGCCUUUCCAACCGCUACUAUCAUACCCAAUCAGAUCCCUGCUAAGUCAUCUGCGACUGGAUGUAGAGCUGUGCGAAAUGGUAAACACCAGAUAACCCGACGUUCUUAA